GGGCGGCGGCGGCGGCGGGAGGGGCCGGCGGGGGCAGACAAAGCCGCGGCUAAUGAAUGGGAGCGCCCGCCCGCGCCGGCCGUCGUCCGCAGGCGGGCGGGAGCCGCGCCGCCCCGAGCCCCGUGCCCGCGGCCCUGUCCAGCACAGACUUUGGAGAGUGAGCAGCCCUGGGAGGUGGAGCUCUUGGAGCAGGCGGACGGUGGUCAUGAUGAUGCGAAAGGGUCAUCCUGCUAUCAAGAUGACGGCGGUCCAGUUUCCAGGACAAGACUCAGGUCUCCGGUGUGUCAGUUCGUGUCUGCGCCCAGAAGCAGGUCAUGGCGGGGCUCCUGGCAGGUGGCACUCCACGCCCUGAGAUGAGAUGGCGUGCUCUCCACAUGCCCUCUUCUUUGGUCAGGUUUAUGGUCAGCCACAUUCAUAUGCAUCUUGAAAGAUGGAAUUAUUUUUUAAAAGCUGAAGAAAACGUACGUUUGGGGGCACAAAUGAGCCUUUGGAUCAGGUUUUUACCCACCUAAGAUAACGUGACAAAGCAGCCAGAGUAGUUAUGGUCAGUCAUGGAGAAUAACCAGGAAACUCGUCCCAGAAGGGAUGGUGAAUUUGUUUCUGAUAAAAUAAGUUUUAAAAUAGAAGAGGAGGAUGCUGUUCGAAUCCCUAAUCACAGUUUGGAAGGAGUGGAGUUUAAGGGCGAGCAGGACCGGCACCAGGCGGAGGGUGGGGGGGAGCGGGCGGAGGCCAGGGAGGCAGGCGGGGGCUGCGAGCCCCCCGGGAAGUGCCUCGCUGCCGACCAGGAGGAGGAGUACGGGUCUCUGCUCUCCCACUACAGCAGUGCGCUGUACGACGUGGCCAUGGAGGCCGUGACACAGAGUCUCCUGUCGGGCCGGGGCGUGAGCUCCAGAAAGAAGUCCCCGGCCUGGAAGCAUUUCUUCAUCUCCCCCCGGGACAGCACUAAAGCCAUCUGCACGUACUGCAUGAAGGAGUUCAGCCGAGGGAAGAAUGAGAAGGAUUUGAGCACCAGCUGCCUCAUGAGGCACGUGAGGAGGGCGCACCCCACGGUGCUUAUCCAGGAGAACGGCGGCAUGCCGGCCCUGCCCUCUCUCUCGCCCCCUCCACUGAGGCUGCCACCACAGCCCGCCGACACCGGGGACUUGGGGGCCGUGCUCUCACCCCUCAAGCUUGCCCCAAAGCUGGCGUCCAAGGUCCCGUCCCCCGAUGACAUGACGGAGGAAUCUGUGGUGUCCUCUGAAGAAGUCCCCUCCGACGCGUCGGCCUCUGACAGGUACGGCAGGGAGGAGGCCCUGGGGGGGCCGCCGCACCUCCCCACCCUGCCCUGUGAGGAGGGCGCGGAGAACGGGGUGGAGAAAAACCCCCCGCUCCCGAAGGGCACAUCCGGGUCCAGGAGGCGGUCCGCCGUGUGGAAGCACUUCUACCUGUCGCCCCUGGAUAACUCCAAGGCGGUGUGCAUCCACUGCAUGAACGAGUUCAGCCGAGGGAAGAAUGGGAAGGAUCUGGGCACCAGCUGCCUCAUCAGGCACAUGUGGCGGGCGCACCGAUCCAUCGUGCUGCAGGAGAAUGGCGGGGGCACAGGCAUCCCGCCCCCCUACGCCGCGCCCCCCACCCUGCUGCCCGCCCUGCCGCCUCCCGACGGAGACCCGAGCUCCGUGUCGUCCUCUCCCGGGAAGCUGGUCCAGGAGUCCCCCUCGGCCUCCUCCUCCCCUGACCGGCUGACUGAGGACCUGCAGGUGCGUUUGAACGCCGGAGACGCCCUGCCGGAAGACGCGUCGGCGCUGUCCUCUGACGACGUGGGCGAGGCCUCGCUGGCCCCCUCCCCCGAGAAGCCACAGGCUGGCGGGUUGAGCCCCAGUCUGCUGGACUGUGGUGCUGUGUUCCAGCAGAAUAAGAAGGUCAUGAAGAGGCUGAAGUCGGAGGUUUGGCAGCACUUCUCAUUGGCACCCAUGGACAGCCUCAAGGCGGUGUGCAGACACUGCGCCUGCGUCAUCAGCCGGGGCAAGCGGGGCGACGUGGGCACCAGCUGUUUGAUGCGGCACCUCUACAGACGCCACCCGGAGGUCGCGGGUGGUCAGAAGGGCUCUCUGGGCGCCAGUCUGGCAAACUCUCCGUACGCCACGCUGGCCUCUGCGGAAAGUUCCUCCUCCAAAUUGACUGACUUGCCAACCAUGGUUACGAAAAACAAUCAGGUUCUAUUCCCCGUUAACAGCAAGAAGACCUCCAAGCUGUGGAACCACUUUUCCAUCUGCUCUGCAGACCCCACGAAGGUCGUGUGCCUGCACUGCGGCCGCACGAUAAGCAGGGGCAAGAAGCCCACCAACCUGGGCACCAGCUGCCUUCUGCGCCAUUUACAGCGGUUCCACAGCAGCGUGCUCAAGACCGACGUGCCCAGGGCAGCGCGGGCCCCCUCGCCCAGCCUCCGGGGGCCCCUGAGCACACAGCUGUCAGGAGCUUCCUCCUUCGAUGACACCAAUGAGAAGUUUUAUGAUUCUCAUCCAGUUGCCAAAAAAAUCACAAGUCUCAUCGCAGAAAUGAUUGCACUUGACCUCCAGCCAUAUUCUUUUGUAGACAAUGUUGGCUUUAACAGGCUGCUUGAAUACUUGAAACCUCAGUACUCUCUGCCCUCGCCUUCCUACUUCUCGAGGACAGCCAUCCCAGGUAUGUACAAUAAUGUGAAACAGAUAGUCCUGUCGCACCUGAAGGAGGCGGAGAGCGGCGUGAUCCACUUCACGUCCGGGAUAUGGAUGAGCAACCAGACCCGCGAGUACCUGACGCUCACCGCCCACUGGGUCACCUUCGCGUCGUCGGCCCGGCCAUACUGUGAGGACCACCACUGCUCAGCCCUGCUGGACGUGUCUCAGGUCGACUGCGACUACAGUGGCAACAGCAUCAGGAAGCAGCUGGAGUGCUGGUGGGAGGCCUGGGUGACGUCCACCGGCCUCCAGAUCGGAAUCACUGUCACCGACAACCCGAGCAUCGGGAAGACGCUGAGCGAGGGGGAGCGUGCCAGCGUGCAGUGCUUCAGCCACACGGUCAACCUCGUUGUCAGCGAGGCCAUCAAGAGCCAGCGGAUGGUCCAGAACCUCCUCAGCAUCGCACGGAAGAUAUGUGAGCGGGUGCACCGGUCGCCCAGAGCGAAGGAAAAGCUAGCAGAGCUGCAGAAGGAGUACCAGCUGCCACAGCACCACCUCAUCCAGGACGUCCCGUCCAAGUGGAACACGUCGUUUCACAUGCUCGAGCGGCUCAUUGAACAGAAACGGGCCAUUAACGAGAUGUCCAUCGAGUGCAACUUCAGAGAGCUCAUCAGCUGCGACCAGUGGGAAGUCAUGCAGUCCGUGUGCCACGCGCUGAAGCCCUUCGAUGCCGCCAGCCGGGAGAUGAGCACCCACGUGUCCACGCUCAGCCAGGUCAUCCCCAUGAUCCACAUCCUCAACCGGAAAAUCGAGAUGCUCUUUGAGGAGACGAUGGGCAUCGACACCAUGCUGAAGUCCUUGAAGGAAGCCAUGGUGAGCCGGCUGGCCGCCACCCUGCACGACCCGAGGUACAUCUUCGCCACGUUGCUGGACCCUCGCUACAAGGCCUCCCUGUUCUCGGAAGAGGAGGCAGAGCAGUACAAGCAGGACCUGGUCAGGGAGCUGGAAGUGCUGGACUCUACCUCCGAGGGCGCGCCUGUGCCCAACGGCUGCGGCGCGGGCUCCCCCUCACGAGCUGCCGUCGGGGAGGAGAACCUGUGGGCCCUCAUGGCCAAGAUGACGAAGAAGGGCCCCCGGGAGAAGACAAAGGUGCCCGAGGACAUGGUGCUGGCGUACCUGGAGGAGGAGGUGCUCGAGCACACCUGUGACCCCCUCACCUACUGGAACCUGAAGAGGUCGGCCUGGCCGGGCCUGUCGGCGCUGGCCGUCAGGUUCCUGGGCUGCCCCCCGAGCAUCGUCCCUUCUGAAAGGCUCUUCAACACACCAGCAGAGAACGGUAGCCUCGGCCAGUCCAGGCUCAUGAUGGAACAUUUUGAAAAGCUCAUCUUUUUGAAAGUGAAUCUUCCCCUGAUAUACUUUCAGUAUUGAAACUCGCAACGGAGCCGCCGGACAAAAACUGUUGUUGCCCAUCAGGCACCAGCUGUCUGGCCCGGGGCGGUGGCGCGCCCCGGGCGGGGCCGUGUGGGAUGAGGCGGGCACGAGCCUCCCCGCCCAGCAUCACUGUAAUGUCUACGUGUGCCUUACUCCCAGCCCUGCAGGCCGGGCGUCGCCCGCGAGGAAAGGCCUGUCUUGCCGAUGAUGAAAUACGAUGAUGAGGAUUUCAUUCAUAACUGUAAAGUUUUUUUAAAGUGGGGGGUUAGUAAUUUGUCUUACUAGGACGUCAGAGGAGAUGUAAACAAUUUUAUUCUGUAGGCUUUUUAUUCAAUUAUGUAAAAACCACAAAUCAGGUACUGUAUUUUAGUUAAAAAUUGCUUUAAUUCAACAGAACAGCUUUUGUGGCUGUUUAAUGAAAUCUGUAAAUAGGAGGUGGAGUUCAAGCCAUCCUGGCUAAGCAGUUUUUAACUGCAGGCUCUAAAGUAUGUCGAGUACAGAGAAUAUUCUGGAACAUAACUGUUUACUGCAACAGAGGUGUGGCAUUUGAAGAGGAAACUAAACGUAGACGUGUCCUGGAAUGUCGGUUCUGUAGUGAUUUGGUAAAGGGAGCGUUCCCGGUCUCUGCUUCUGCAUUCAGGUUUUAUUUGGUCGACCUUGAUCAUGAGCCCCGGACACCUGCUGUCGAGCCCGCGCUAGGGGCCCGUCCACAGCACUCCUGCCGUGGACACCCCGAGCCUCGGACCUGCUGUCUCGACACCAGGAAGCUAUCUUUUGAAAUUUGUGCACUGACCCCAUGACCCCAAUUUGAUCAAAUUAUGUAUAAAAUCCUUUUUAGAAGAGAUGGCUUGUUAACAGGGAGGAGAUCGUUCUAUUGCAGUUGUAAGAAUAGCCUUAGGUGUCUAGAUUUUUUUUUUUAUAUAUAAAAUAGGGAAGAUUCAGCCAUCACUGGGGUGUUUUAGAAUCCCAAGGACAGCAGAAUGAAGCGUCAGUUGUCAUUCUUUUAACGAUGAUCUGUCUUCAGAAUUUUUGCUUCAACAUCUAGAAAAGGGUUCAUUUUCUUACUUCAAACCAAUUAAAUAUUCUGGAUGAAACAAGUCACUCAUUUGCCUGUGACCUUUUAGAAAAGUUGUUUUGUUAAAAAAAAAAAAGUACCUAUUAUUAAUCUGGAUUUGCAUUGACUAUGUUUUAGUGUAUUUAUAAAUGGUGAACUCAGUUUCUGAAAUUAAACUUUUUAUUUGCAAUUUUCUACUGCUGGAGGACACUGGCUUUUUAUUCUGAGGAUGACAGGAGGGUCCUACUCUGGGGAGCCACGCUCACGCAGCCUUUGGAGUCGGAAUUUUCGUUGUGGCCCCGACAGGGCGGGGGGCUGGGUGGUGGAGAUGUGACUCAUGGCAGCAGCAGCGUUUCUGAUAGCGGGAACGCCACGGCGAGACCUCGGGGGCUCGGGUUCACAGUCCGCACUGCUUCACACUGGGUGCCGGAGGGGAAGAGCAUCCCUCCGCCAUGUGGCCUGCGCCCAGACGCCCGAGGAGCACCGGCCAGGGACACACUGGAGAGUCAUGCUGACGUGGUGCUUUCUGCGUGAGUCUCUGUGAAUGUGUGCGCAGAGUGAUGCUGUGGGGAAGCCUUCGCCAGUUUGGGGUUCAGUCGGCCGCCAGUCUUCCCCAGCCAGGAUCUAACCGAGCUGCAGGAAGUGAGUCCAAAGUCCGGAGCAGAUGUUAGGAAGUUCGGGUAUUGAGCCCAUGGCUUCCCCAGAAGGAGCGCUCGUGUCUCUGUUCAAGCUGCACGCACCUGCCCGUGAGUUCCAGGAGCCGAGGGGGCUCCAGUGGAGUACCGGGUGCUCGCAUGCGUGCGUGUGUGUGUGUGUGUGUCUGUGUGUGUGUGUGUGGUCGCCUGGCUCCCAGCAGGGUGCUGAGAAUCUGGGACUUGCCCAGGCCUCUGGGGUUGACCCAGGUCUCCACCUGGGGGAGGGUCCGACCGCGCACAGAUGGCGAGCUGUGGGCCUGCAGGACUCCCCAGCCUGUUGGUGUUCGGUGAGGCUGCCCUGCCGGAGCAGGGCCCCACCCUGGACGUGCUUGGGCAACCCCAUCCGUUGGCUCUGAGGCUGCAGAGGCUAUGAGGUGACUCGGUGGCUCAGCCGUCCUGGCUGUGGGGCUGCACGUGGGCAGGAGGGGGGCCUGCCAGACAUCGUGGGCUGUCCCCUGAAAGGAGGGAGCACAAAGUAACUGCAGGACGCAACCUGUCAUUCGCUCGGUGACCAAGUGGCCCUCCUUCCCCCGGGCCCAGGCCAGCUCCUGGCACAGAGCGGUGGUUAAUGUGGACGCGGUCCCUGCUCAUCAGAGCCUGUGGUCUGGGCUAUGUCUCCGUGAAGCUUGCUUGGAACGCAGCCCUGGCUGUGCCUCUACUCCUUCCUGCUCCGCAGCCGUGAUGGAAGACACCCCGGACCCACAGAACACAAGGGUUUGCAGCACAUUGGUUCUGUUGCUUCUGAGCUGGUCUACUUUUCUGUCCAGCUUUCAAAACCUGUGGCCUCAGGCUGCCGUUGUCCAGCGAGGCAUGCGGGUGACAGUCCACGUGGGAGGUGUGGGAGGGGGCUGCAGAGCACACCCCUGAGCGCUGGCCCCAGGGAGGUGCCCCCUCUCACACAUUCGUCCCACCUGUGGCCGGCGGGUGGUUCCGGAACCCGGGCGCUGUCCGUGUCCUCGAGUGGCUGACGGUCCCGUGGGAAGGAAUGGCUGACAUUGACAGCGGUGUGCGAGGGGGACGGGGGCCAGCCUCCAGGGACAGCAGGUCUGUUAUGUGAUGUCCCGCCUUCACUCUGUUCAAACCUGAAUCGUGAGCUGCUUGUUUCAGAUGCCAGAUGACAUUUUGGGCAGGCUGCUUAACUUCACUGGUCACUUAUAAGAAAAAGCCCUUUGUAUAAGCUCAGGAUCUCAUUUCAGUGAAUAAAUGUAUGUUAGUCAAACCCCGGACUUCAUUUAACGUUAAAAUGCCCUUCCCUUCCCCUUUUGACUCAGGCGGCGGCUGGUGGCAGACCGGGCCUCCCCGAGAACCAUCAGGGCCAGAGCACAUAGAGUUUUAAAAAGAGCUUCCUGACAACAGCGCAGAGCAGGCACCCCUUCCUCAGUCCCCGCGGGGACACCGGCUGGCAUGCAGAGAAGGUGGCGGCCCAAGCUGGCCACGGUGGCCCCGGGCGGGGAGAGCAACGGUGGUGCGGCCAGGAGCCCAGGUGCCGGAGAAGUGGGGGCCUCCGCAGGGGCCUUGUGCUGUACGGCAGCCCGGAGGCGGGUGCCGGCUCCCGCGAGGUGUGCGUGCCUGGACGGCAGCUGGGAGCUAAGCAGGCGCCCCAUGCGGGAGACAUGACUCGGCGCCUGCCACUGUGGGGGCCCUGGGUUCCAGGGCCAGUGAGAGACCAGCCUGCACACAGCGGGCUCGACGACAUCAGGAACACGUAAAUUUCUUUCAGUGAGAAGAUCCAGAGUGUCUAACUUCACAUAAUUCACUCUCAGUAAGAAAAUAUAAUACAUGCCAAAAAAAACCAACCGUGACCAAGGACUGUGAGACGGAGGGGAACAGACUAGAGACAGACCCAUGGGCAUCCGAGGCAGAGCCGAGACGUGGGCUCUGACUAAUCCGCUCAGGAAAGUUGACGUAAGGGUGGGGAUUGUCGCCAGAGCGUGAGAAUCUGAUGCGGGACAAGCCAGGGAUUCAGUCCGCGGGUCGCAUGUCCGAGGGCGGGUCGCGUGUCCCACGGCACAGGGGCAUCAGCAGCGUGACCCCGCCCAGCCUGGAACGCUGCGGGCCCCCGGGCCCCCGGGCCCCCGGGCCCCCAGGCCCACCUCCCCUGCAGCCUCUGAGGUUUGCAUAAAGCACCUUGUUCAAGCUAUUUUAAUAAUUCCUGUGUGCAGCUAUUUUAAUGAAAACUAUAUAUAGGCAGGUUUUCAUAAAAUCCAAACUAGUUUUAAAAAUUAUUUUAUCUUAAAACGAUCUCAGUCUUGCGGGACUGUUGCAAGUACGACACAAAGAACCUCCUCCCUGAACCUCUCGAGAGGGUGUUGUGGGCCUGAUGCUCCCCGGCCCCCGAGUGCCUGCACCCAGGAGGCUCACCUUGAGAGGGGUCAGCCCCCCAGGAAGGUCUUCGGGGAGAGCCUCGGACCCCGAUGCAGACCCGAGGGCCCUGGCCACUUCUGCUGCUUCCACGGAGGGCCCGCCGUGCUGACCGCGGUCCAGCCCCACAGCCUGCGUUGAGCUGACCUGCCCCUUCCCAUCCCUCCCGUCCGGAACAUUCUUCAGUGUCCUCGACCUCCACACUCCUGCCAGCAGGUGGUCAUUCUGUGGAGUGUCCCGCGAGUGGGGCUUGUGUGGUGGCUUCACAAGGUCACUCACCUGGUUGCUGGGUGAAGGGAGGUCUACCAGGCCUCUCCCCCCUGCAAGUUGUCUUCCCUUUAUAAUUACAAAGUAUGUCGUAUGAAGCUCUUUGAGACGAUGUAAACAUCCCAUUCCUCGUAAAAUUGUAUUCAUUUUUUAAAUCACAUUUAAAGAUCUCACUUAUGAGCGGGAGCCUGGGUGGCUCAGUUGGUUAAGCGACUGCCUUCAGCUCAGGUCAUGAUUCU